AUGGGUGUUUUCAUCAAAUUCGACCAGCUGCUAGAGAGGUUUCUUGACGAACACAAAAAGAAACCAAGCAAGGAUCAAUCUACGGAUAUGAUGGACGUGUUGUUGGCAGUUUCUGAAGACAAAAACGUAGAUUACGAGUUCACUAGAAACCACAUCAAGGAAUUUUUGGUGGAGCUUUUUGUUGGAGGUAUUGACACCACGGUGAACACGAUACAAUGGACAAUGGCCGAGAUCACUAACAAUUCCUUUAUUAUUGAGAGAUUGAGAGAAGAAAUUGAUUCUGUAGUUGGGCAAUCAAGGUUGAUUCAAGAAACGGAACUACCAAACCUCCCUUACUUGCAAGCUGUUGUCAAGGAAGCACUAAGAUUGCACCCGCCAGUCCCUCUAAUACCAAGAGAAUUUCAACAAGGAUGUAAGAUUGGAGGGUUCAUGGUACCAUAA